UUUUUUUUAUUUUUGUCUAAUUUGUCUAGAUCAAAGUUUGAAUGUCCCAUUUGUCUGCUCUGUCUGCGGGACCCUCAUCAGACCAGCUGUGGGCACAGGUUUUGCUAUUCCUGUAUUCUAACCUGGUUAGGAGAAGGGAAAACAUGUCCAGACGAUAACUGUAGCUUAGGUGAAGGAGAUAUAUAUGCUGAUACAGGAAUAACAGAGAAAUGUUUAGGUGAAGGAGAUAUAUAUGCUGAUACAGGAAUUAACAGAGAAAUACUUCAGCUAAAAGUCAGAUGCUUGUACCGAGUUGAGGGGUGUACUGCAGAGAUGAAGGUAGCCGACAGAGAAGCUCAUGUUAAAAUCUGUUCUUUCAAAACAAACAAAUAUACGGAUGACAUGGAAUCUCUAUCCUGCACUGAUUGUGGUGAGCUGAUAAGUUUAGAGAAUCAGCACUCAAAUAUAAUUUGUCCUAGAGCCCUGGUUGCCUGUCCCUUUAGCUUAGUUGGAUGCUCCCAGAAGAUCCAGAGAAGUGAACUUCAAGAACAUGUCAGAUCUCAGAUAUCACAUCACAUGCAGCUGAUGGCUGAGAAGCUGCUUAAAAUCCAGCAGCAGCAGUCAGCUGUAGACUGCUGCUAUACCCAGGAGUAUCCGGAAGCUCUAGCAGCUUCUCCUAACUGCUCCAGUGUCCCAGGAAGUCCCCGGCUGACCAGGAACCAGGAAUUCCGAGUCUCCGGAAGUAAUCUACAAAAUAACACUAAAUUACUCAGAGAAUGCUUUCAACGUUUGAUCCAAACCGAGCAAAAAAAUUGCCAACUUCAAAUAAGAUUAGAGCAUCUAGAGUCUCUAAUUAACCAGAACACUACAGAGAAAGAAGAGGAAUUAAAAGGAAAGCUCUGUAAUGGAAAGUUUGUCUGGAAAAUUAGUGGGUUCGCCAGCUUGUAUCAGAAGAUGGUUGAAUGUCCGAGUUUUGUAAUCUACAGCAGACCGUUCUAUUCUUCUGUAUAUGGAUACAAAAUGUGCCUCAGGUGCAAUAUAACUUUGCAAAAUGGAGAACAGCACUUGGGAGUCUUUCUUCAUCUCAUGCAGGGGGAGAAUGAUGACAGUGUGUUUUGGCCUUUCCAGGGAUCAAUCUUUCUUACAAUACUAAACCAGGGCCAAGGACUACACAGGGAAAAUGUAUCUGAGCACCUGGAGUCGGAUCCUGCUCUUGGAGCUUUCCAGAAACCAAACUCAUUCAGAAAUCUCAGGGGGUUCGGAUUCCAGGAGUUUGUGAGACUAAACUCUCUGCUAGCUGGAGGAUUUAUUAAGAAUGAUACGUUGAUCAUAAAAGCUGAUGUGACGCAACAUGAGGAGGUUUAACGAAAAGAGAGACUUCUGUGAUUUUAAUAUUGUUAAAUCUUUUUCAUGAGGUUUGUCUGUGGCUAUGUGUUUUUAAGAAUAUGAUAAAUGUACUCUUUGAAAUUACAGAAAACAUUCAUUGGUUUGAAUUUUUUGAAUAGUUGUAAUAAUUGAUUUAAAUAAAUAAAAUCACAACAUUAA